GUGCUCGCCGCGCUCGGCAGCGGGUGGGACGCGGCCGCCGCUCGCCUGUCCUUUGUGCUUGGGUAGUGGCGGACUCACAGGCCUUCGGCCCAAACGUUCCUCUCGCCGGUCCGAGUCGCGCGCGCGGGCGCGCUUGCCAGCGACCCAUCAUGUCGGCGGGCGCGGGCGUGGAGGCAGGCUUCUCCAGCGAGGAGCUGCUGUCGCUCCGCUUCCCGCUGCACCGCGCCUGCCGCGACGGGGACCUGGUCGCACUCUGCUCGCUGCUGCCGCACACGCCUCGCGCUCACCUGGCCGCCGAGGACUCCUUCUACGGCUGGACGCCGGUACACUGGGCCGCGCACUUCGGAAAGUUGGAGUGCUUAAUCCAGUUGGUAAGAGCAGGCGCCUCACUGAAUGUCUCCACCACCCGCUAUGCCCAGACCCCAGCCCACAUCGCUGCUUUUGGAGGACAUCCUCAGUGUCUGGUCUGGCUCAUUCAAGCCGGGGCCGACAUCAACAAACCGGACUGUGAGGGGGAAACUCCCGUUCACAAGGCGGCCCGCUCUGGUAGCCUGGAGUGCAUCACUGCCCUGGUAGGGAACGGGGCUCGUACUGACCUGAGAAAUGCCAGUGGCCUGACGGCAGCAGACAUUGCACAAACCCAGGGUUUCCAAGAGUGCACCCAGUUUCUCUUGAGCCUCCACAACCAUCAGAUGAGCCGUUUCUGUCAUAAUGGCACCUUGAAUGGAGCUCACGAGAACAUACUUCCCAAUCACAUUGGCCUGGGAACAAAUCGAAAGAGAUGCUUGGAAGACUCAGAAUCUUUGGGAGUAAAGAAAGCUAGAACCGGAGUUCCCAGCCUGGAUCACACCAUGCCACUAGCAAAUGGCGAGGCUGAAGACGACGCUGAGAGAAUGCAUGUUGACAGAGAGUUUACUGCUGUAUCAGAUAUGAAAAACUGUAGCUCCGUGUUGAAUACAUUGACAAAUGGAAGUGUCAUCAAUGAACAUUUGGACUUCCCCUGCGCGACCCAGCUCAAUGGGAUGGAGAGCAGGAGUAACCCGUGCUUAACAGGACCUAAUGGAGUUAGCAAUGGACAGCCAUUUUCCAGUGACCAGGGUUCUGUCUGUGCUAAUGGGACUGAGGAGCCAGAAAAGACCAUGGGCGUUAACCCUGAGAUGUGUGGGUCUCUGCAUCUGAACGGGAGCCCUAGUAGCUGUGUGGCCAGCAGGCCGUCCUGGGUGGGGGAUGUGGGAGAGAACUUGCACUAUGGACACUACCAUGGGUUUGGGGACACUGCUGAGAGCAUCCCUGAGCUGAGCAGCAUGCUCGAGCACUCGAGCUGCGUGCGGGUAGAGCAGCGCUAUGACAGUGCCGUCCUGGGCACUAUGCAGCUGCACCAUGGCUCCUGAGCCCAGGCGCCAACCUCAGCCACACUGCGGUAUUAGCCUGCACAAGCGGCACAGCCUGUGUCAUUGGUGCCGCAGCUGAGAAAGGACUUGGAUUCAUUGACGCAGUUGCCAGUGAGUGCGGCUCUGCGCAGGGGGCUUCCCAGCGCACAGAUGUCUCUCAUGGGAUGGUGUGUGUGCCUCCUGCGGGGAGCACUUUGUGGAUGGUGUGGGUUAGUGAUGAGGGGCCUGGUGACACGCAGGCAUCAUCGAGUCAUUUACCACUUGCUGCAGCACUCGCGACAGCAUAGGAACAGGCCGUCAGUGGUCAGGGCACAGUACUCUCCCUUCUUCCAUGUUUCUACUUGGUCUCGAGACUUUUUACCACAGAUAAUGGUUCUCUUUAUAUUUAGUGGAAGUCACUGUUUGUAGGAACUGUCAGGUCAGAAUAUUUUACUAUGGUGACCUAUUUUUUGUUACUGUUUUUUGAGGUUUUCUGCUUAAAUAUAUAUACCAUAUAUAUAUAUCCAGUUAACUGAGAGAAUUUUGGAUUUCUCUUAUUAAAGCUGCAUUAAACUUAUGGUUUUAUAGAAAUUAGCUUUUGUUUAGGCCACUAGUUAGGCUGCGAAUACUGCAAUGACUUCUGGUUUCUGUAAUAGCAGUCGGUGCAGAGAAGCCGUGAGGUGAAGGAACCAAUGGAAGAGUGUGCUAGCAUUUUCUUUUUAAACUGUUCUUUAUAAAUUGAAUAAAAACCUCACUGCUGA